ACUUGUGUUAUUGACACGCUGACUUUCCUGCUGGUGGGACUCGGAUGGGUGUAGAUGGGGUCACCAGCGUAAAGAUUCUCCGGCGGCCUGUGCCUCCCUCACACCGUCUGGAACGUGCUCCUCAGCAGCAGGGACCGUGCGCGGCCCCCAGCAUGGCCCUCCCAUGGCGGCCCUUCUCUCUCAGUGCGUACCACGUCUCCGAGGAGUGUGGCUUCAUCCUGCCUGCCCCACAGACAGAGCUGCCAACUUACUACAGACCCUGGAUGGACAUCGCCCGGAGUGUCCCCCAGCUCGUUCAGUCCCACACGCUGCGAUCCCAUGUCCAUCAGAUGCCCCUGCUGGAAUCACACUUCCUUGAGGGUCACAGAGAGCUGAGACUGGCUCAUCUGGCCCUUAGCACGAUGACCAUGGGCUACGUGUGGCAGGCGGGCGAGCACGGCACAGUGAAGGUGCUGCCCCGGAAUCUGGCCGUGCCAUUCUGGGACGUGUCCCAGCGGCUGGGGCUGCCCCCCAUCCUAACCCAUGCUGACGGAGUACUGGCCAACUGGAGGAAGAAAAACCCAGAAGGACCCUUCGACAUGGAUGAUCUAGAGAUACUGUGGAAGGCAGAGCUGAGGGACGCUGCGCGGGGUUAUGGGGUCACCUCGAGCGGCGGCCAUGUGUUUCAGGCCAUCCCGAAGGUCAUAGAUGGAGUGUGGGCCGGGGACUCGGUGGGGGUGUCGCAGGCACUGGAGGAAAUAGCAGAGGCGCUGCACAGCAUGACGGAGGCGCUCAAACUGAUGCACGAGUACGUCAACCCGGACGUCUUCUACGGCAUCAUGCGGAUCUACCUCUCUGGGUGGAAGGACAACCCCUCCAUGAGGGAGGGUCUGGUGUAUGAGGGGGUGCAGGAGGAGCCCAUGGAGUUCUCUGGGGGGAGCGCGGCUCAGAGCAGCCUGCUGCACUGCUUUGACGAGCUGCUGGGGGUCCAGCAUGAAGAGCAAAGCGGUGCUUUUCUGUCCCGGAUGAGAGAGUACAUGCCCCCCGCCCACAGGCAGCUCAUCCGCGACAUCGCAGCCAGCCCCUCCCUGCGUCACUUUGUCCAGGACCGGGCCGGCGGCCCUCUGCUGGACUCUUACCAUCGCUGUGUGUCGCGGCUGCUGGUCCUGCGUAACUACCACAUCAAGAUAGUGGGACGCUUCAUCACCGUGCCAGCAGCCCAGGCACGCCAGCUCCGCUCCCAGGGUACCCCGGGUGAGGUGGAGGCUCUGGGCAAGGCCCCCACCUCCCUGGAAGAGAGGGGGACUGGUGGGUCGGGCAUCAUGAGCUUCCUGAAAACAGUUCGGAACCGCACCCAGGAGACGUGCCUGACUGGGCCAGCGCCCUUCCAGUAGGACUGACGGCGCGGCUUCCCGACUACUAAUGUCCAGCAGACAUUAAGCGCUUGGUAUAAAAACUCGUUUAAUAAAAAUCAGAUUACUUCGAAACCAAACCACUCUGUCGCUAACUAAAUUACCCAAUUUAGCACUGACACCCACUAUCAGACAUCAGCCUUCACUCCAAACCACAAUCGCAACCAUAUCCAACCAUUUUCA